GCUGUGGUAGUGGGACAAUCUCCGUUAUGUUGAGUUUGCGCCGGUACUGGUCACUGCUUCCUAUCAGUUGCGUGCGCGCUUUUUCUCGCUCUACUCAUACACACAUCUCGUAAAAAUAAAUAAACAUACUUUUGUGUUAGCUAAAACCUUUAAUUAAAAUAAAAUUUCAACUAAAACAUUUUUAACUUUAUUUACGCUGAUGUUUUUGAUUUGAUUUGAUUUCUUUAGUGACGAAAUAAUAGAUCGUGUAAUUCGUGCCGAGUUGCUCAACUAACUUAAAUCUCAGUGAAGGGCUUCCAAAAGUACUCCGCCUAAUAUAUGGAAACUGGUUUUAAUGGGAACAAAAUAAAAACAUAAAAAUAUAAACUUAAAUAUCUUGCUACUUCUAAAAUUAACAGGAACAAAAAUAAGUAGUAAAAUGAGUUUACAAUUUGAAACCGAUGGCACUCCUUUUGUAAUGUGGGCGGAACAUAAAAUAAAAUUGGAAAAAACAUCUAUAACAGAAGAUUUCUACGUUAAAAAAGCAAGAAAUGAAUUAAGGGAAACGUCAGAAAAUAUUGAAAAUGGUCUAAAAGAACUGAGAAACCUUCUAAAGAAUGAAUCCAAUCUGUUUAUACCUAUAGAUGAUGAUGAUGAGUUCCUACUGAAAUUUCUAAGACCUUCCAAGUUCUAUGCUGAAAGUGCAUUUGAAAGGAUACAGGCCUAUUAUAAAUUCAGGUUAUCACACAAAGACUACUGUCAAGAUCUAUAUCCAAGCAACAUUCGUUUAGCGUUCGACCACUCGAUCAUCUCCAUCCUCUCACCGAGAGAUCAGGAAGGUCGCCGCAUCAUGUUCGUCGAGUCCGGUGAGCGAUGGAAUCCUCGCGACGUUCCAUUGCGUGAGGUGUUUCGGGGAGUGCAACUCGGUCUGGAGGCCGCGAUGGUGGAGCCUCGCACUCAGGUCUGCGGAGUCGUUGUCGUGCUCGAUAUGAAAGGACUCUCCUUCACGCAGAUAAUGCAGUUCACGCCAUCUUUUGCAAAGAUGGUCGUUGACUGGAUUCAGGACUGUAUACCAAUUCGACUGAAGGGAGUGCAUAUCGUCAACCAACCUUAUAUCUUCAAUAUGUUAUUUGCCAUAUUCAAGCCGUUUUUACGUCAGAAGCUUCGUUCACGUAUACAUUUCCAUGGCUGUGACAAAAAGUCUUUACUAAAGCAUAUUCAUGAGGAGGCCUUAAUGAAAAAAGUAGGAGGUUCUUUACCUGAUCAUGAAAUAUCGGGUGAAGUGUUGUGGAAAAUGCUUUAUCAUUAUGAAGACAACCUAAGACGAGCAGAUUCAUACGGAUACGUUACAAAUAAUAACAAAUGAAAAAAACAUUUUAACAAUUGUAUCAUCAUCAAUGUUAUAAUGUUAAAAACGCAGAUUAUUUUAGAAUUACAAAACUGAUGGAUGUCCUUGAGUUUUAGACAAGUAAAUUUAUUGUUUAAGAUUUGCGUUAGCGACGUGAAUUAUUAUUUAGCACUACAAUAAUACCUACAUUAUUUAUAUUAUUACAUGCGGCAUGCAAAGAUGACGGAAAUGUCAUUACUUAUAUCAACAAUGAAUGCAUGAGCUUCGUUUACUUUCUUAGAUUAAUUGUCCAAUAUGUAGAUUUAAUAUACAUGUCGUAGGGAAAUACCAGGGAACUCGUGAAAUGCUCAUUCGGCCUAGUGAAAUGAUGACCUGAACAUGUAGUAUUAAGUCAUAUCACUUAAUGUUUUCAGUAAUAAGACGUGAUAAAGUAGAGUAUUUGACAUACUAUACAAGUACAGUAAAAGUUUAUUAAAACAGCGUUAUCAAAUAAAAUGUAUGAGUGGUUAAAUAUGUUAUGUUAAACAUUUUUUUGCCACAAUGCAAAUGUAUUUUUUUAAUCUUGUUUAUGGUUAGUAUAGUACAGUAACAGCCUGUGAAUGUCCCACUGCUGGGCCUCUUCUCCCUUUUUGAGGAGAAGGUUUGGAGUUUAUUCCACCACGCUGUUCCCUUUUGCAGGUUAUUAGAAUACACAUGUGGCAGAAUUUGAGUGAAAUUCGACACAUUAUUAUUUAAGUAAUUUCAUCUUCUUUUACUGCACUGAAUGUAAUGUUUGUGUUGAUAGCAUAUGUACAAGGCCGUAGACUGAAAAGCAGCCUAGCAGAGACUACGACCUUUUCACCAAAUUGUCAAAUAUCACAUUGUUCACUCUUUUUUAUGGUUUUGUACCUUAAUUUUGUCUUUGUUUCUUUUUGGUGAACAAAGUUUUUUUAUUUUUAUUAUUAAAUGCAGGUUUUCUCACGGUGUUUUCCUACACCGUCAUGCACAAGAUGAAUUAUAAUAACAAAUUAAGCACAUGAAAAUUCAGUGGUUUUGAACCCACGAUCAUCGUUUAAGAUUCACGCGUUCUUACCACGGGGCCAUCUCGGCUUUUAAAUAGUGUGGUUAGUAUAAUAAUUAUUUAUUAAUUAAAAAUAAUAAACAAUAUAUAUAGUACAAAAAUCAACACUACGUUCACCUAAAAUUAUAAAUUAUAUUAACUAAAUAUGUUUUAUUGUCACGUUUGUGUUAAAUAAAUAAAUCACAAAAUACAA